AUGGAUUUACCCGUCGAUCCCACAUUCGCUCUUGAGCAGGGGCAUGACCUGGACUUUAUGCGGUUUCCGGGAAUGAACUUUGAUAUCUCUACUGCUGCGCUACCAACACAUGCAAACCACCCUGUCGGCUAUCCGACGCCAGAUUCAGGACAAGAUACCGUGCCAGUUGAUGACACAUUAGAGUACCAGCAUGACUUCCUAGCCGAUUUUCAAUUACCCGAUGAUCAGUUACUCAAUGAAUUAGUGAGGCUAUUCUUCGAACACCUUUACCAAACCUUCCCAUGCUUCCACAAGCAGAGUUUCCUGGCAAAGGUGGAGAACGGACAGCUCCAGAAAGAAGCACCGCUGCUCUUGUAUGCAAUCUGCUGUAUAGCGUCGCGACACCACUCCGACACUACGGUUAGAAGCCGCCAGAGCGACUGGUACGAGCAGGCGAAGUUCUCAUAUGACCUCACGCGUCGCUUUCCUCACCGGGGACUUCGUACGAUUCAGGCUGUGCUGCUACUCGUUUAUCAUGCCUUCACGAUUGGCGAUUUCUCAUCAAGCUGGCUGUUCAUCGGAAAAGCAUGGAGACAGGCCGUCGCUCUUGGCAUGAACCGUAUGGAUGCGGGUCAAGUUUUACGUGUAACAGGUCAGGGCUCGGCAUCUGACCCUGAAAAUGUCUUUGAUCUGGAGGUAAGCAGGGGCAAAACUGCUGUGGAGAGGGAAGAGUAUCGACGAACAUUGUGGCUACUGUUCAUUAUGGAUAGAACCCACGCAUGGCCGACAGGCUGGCCUCAUGCAAUCAGCGAGCUUCAAUUCAAGGUUGACAUACCAGUCGCCGACACGUUGUUUCAGGCCCUAGAUUCAGAUACUGUGACCAGUCCGUAUAUCAACACAGUCUUCACCAGGAACCUUACUCGCCAUAUCCACUCAUCAUCUUUUGCGAAAGAAUCGCUGAACAUGUUCUACUACAUAUCAGUUGCUCAUGUCCUUCUUGGCCGAAUCUCCGAACUCAUCCACUCUCUACACGACAGGCCCGAUACGCAAGAGUAUGCAGACGAAUGCCAGGAGCUCGACUCCUGCAUCGUCAAAUUCCGGCUAAGUUUACCGCGCCAAGCUACAUCGGUCGUUGAGGCACCACCAGAAGAUCGCGGACAUGUGGUGUGGUUCAAUGUGACCCUGAAUAUAAUGGCGAUACUCUUACACUACCGCUGCGCCGAAGGCGUUCCUGUACCCAACGCGCCCGCACAGUUCGCCUUCGCGGUAGCGGCAGCGCGAAACACGGCGCAAAUCAUCAGAGACACUACGCGAUUCUCCGUUGACCUCCUACUGUCCGCACAUAUCGGUUCGUCGUUUUACAUCGCCGCCUGUGUUCUCGUGAUCCAGUGGCGCAUUGCCGGAGAUGAAAGUUUGAAAGAGGAUAUAGACCUUUUCGAGCUUGUGUUCGAACGUAUGAACGAGGUGUUCAUCUUUCUGGGCCUGAAGUUCAAACUUGCGCUUGAGCAUGAUCUGAAGAGAAAUCAAGAGAGUAUCAUGAGCUUGAGAGAGCGAGGCUUCAGGGGUCUGCUAGCUGACUGCUCGAAAUGGAACUUUGUCAAAGAGGAGGUACAGCGGCGAGGCAUCGACAUUGACAUAUCAUGA